GGCGGUGGCGGCGGCGAGGCCGGGACUCGGGCUGAGGGCCUGCUGUAGCGGCAGCUGCGGACGCCACGCUCAGCAGCGGGCAUCAGGCACAUUUCUUUCCCUGACUGGAGGCUCGUGGCGUCGCGAGGCCCAGGCUGAGGUUUCUCUGGAAACCCCCCUGGUAAGUGUGGAGGAGGCGGGACACUCUGACCCAAGACAAAAGGCCUGUAGCUCCAGCCAAAGAAAAUAAACCUUAGGAGGGAGAAAGAAAAAAAAAAAAAAAUCCAUCAGCUGUUCCUGAGAACAGCCUGCAGUGGAAUCUACAGAGAGGACAACUAAUGUGAGUGAGGAAGUGACUGUAUGUGGACUGUGGAGACAGUAAGUCACGUGGGCCCUGAGGGCCUGAACUGGGCUAGGAACAGUAGUACUUUCAGAAGUGAGGUGUCGAAAAGGGAAAAGUGAAUGUGGUCUGGAGUGUGGCCUUGGCUCCACGGGGUGUACUUUCCUCCAAGGCCAUCAGGGAGCUCAGACCCUGUGUUCAGCCUGGGUGGGGUCCAGGGUUUGGCACUGAGGAGGGUGACUUGCUGGCUGGAGCAGCAGAGCAGUGGCCUUGAUUUGUCUUUUGGAAGAUUUAAAAACCAAAAAGCAUAAACAUUCUGGUCCUUCAGCAAUGCUUUCUCUGAAGAAAUACUUAACGGAAGGACUCCUCCAGUUCACCAUUCUGCUGAGUUUGAUUGGGGUGCGGGUGGACGUGGAUACUUACCUGACCUCACAGCUCCCCCCGCUCCGGGAGAUCAUCCUGGGGCCCAGUUCUGCCUAUACUCAGACCCAGUUCCACAACCUGAGGAAUACCUUGGAUGGCUAUGGUAUCCACCCCAAGAGCAUAGACCUGGACAAUUACUUCACUGCCCGGCGACUUCUCAGUCAGGUGCGGGCCCUGGACAGGUUCCAGGUGCCAACCACUGAGGUAAACGCCUGGCUGGUCCACCGGGAUCCGGAGGGGUCUGUCUCUGGCAGCCAGCCCAGCUCAGGCCUGGCCCUCGAGAGUUCCAGUGGUCUCCAGGAUGUGACAGGCCCAGACAACGGGGUGCGAGAAAGCGAAACGGAGCAGGGAUUCAGUGAAGAUUUGGAGGAUUUGGGGGCUGUAGCCCCUCCAGUCAGUGGAGACUUAACCAAAGAGGACAUAGAUCUGAUUGACAUCCUUUGGCGGCAGGAUAUUGACCUGGGGGCUGGGCGUGAGAUUUUUGAUUAUAGUCAUCGCCAGAAGGAACAGGAUGUGGAUAAGGAGCUGCGAGAUGGAGCGGAGCAGGAGGACACCUGGCCAGGCGAGGGUGCAGAAGCUCUGGCUCGAAACCUGCUAGUGGAUGGAGAAACUGGGGAGAGCUUCCCUGCACAGGUGCCUGGUGGGGAGGACCAGACGGCCCUGUCCCUGGAAGAGUGUCUUAGGCUGCUGGAGGCCACCUGCCCCUUUGGGGAGAAUGCUGAGUUUCCAGCAGACAUUUCCAGCAUAACAGAAGCAGUGCCUAGUGAGAGUGAGCCCCCGGGUCUUCAAAACAACCUCUUGUCGCCUCUCCUGACGGGGACAGAGUCACCAUUUGAUUUGGAACAGCAGUGGCAAGAUCUCAUGUCCAUCAUGGAAAUGCAGGCCAUGGAAGUGAAUACAUCCACGAGUGAGAUCCUGUACAAUGGCCCUCCUGGAGACCCACUGAGCACCAACUACAGCCUUGCCCCCAACACACCCAUCAAUCAGAAUGUCAGCCUGCAUCAGGCAUCCCUGGGGGGCUGCAGCCAGGACUUUUCACUCUUCAGCCCCGAGGUGGAGAGCCUGCCUGUGGCUGGCAGCUCCUCGCUGCUCCCACUGGUCCCCAGCAAUUCCACCAGCCUCAACUCUACCUUUGGUUCCACCAACCUGGCGGGGCUCUUCUUCCCACCCCAGCUCAAUGGCACAGCCAAUGACACCGCAGGCCCUGAGUUGCCUGACCCCCUGGGGGGUCUGUUAGACGAAGCCAUGCUAGACGAGAUCAGCCUGAUGGACCUGGCCAUUGAAGAAGGCUUCAACCCUGUGCAGGCUUCCCAGCUCGAAGAAGAGUUUGACUCUGACUCAGGCCUCUCCUUGGACUCUAGCCAUAGUCCUUCCUCCCUGAGCAGCUCUGAAGGCAGCUCUUCCUCCUCCUCCUCCUCUUCCUCCUCCUCCUCUGCUUCUUCCUCGGCUUCUUCCUCCUUUUCCGAGGAAGGUGCCGUUGGCUACAGCUCUGACUCUGAGACCCUGGAUCUGGAAGAGACCGAGGGUGCUGUGGGCUACCAGCCUGAGUAUUCCAAGUUCUGCCGCAUGAGCUACCAGGAUCCCUCCCAGCUCUCCUGCCUGCCCUACUUGGAGCAUGUGGGCCAUAACCACACGUACAACAUGGCACCCAGUGCCCUUGACUCUGCCGAUUUGCCGCCACCCAGCACCCUCAAGAAAGGCAGCAAGGAGAAGCAGGCCGACUUCCUGGAUAAGCAGAUGAGCCGGGAUGAGCAUCGAGCUCGAGCCAUGAAGAUCCCCUUCACCAACGACAAAAUCAUCAACCUGCCCGUGGAGGAGUUCAACGAGCUGUUAUCCAAAUACCAGCUGAGCGAGGCCCAGCUGAGCCUCAUCCGUGACAUCCGGCGCCGGGGCAAGAACAAAAUGGCGGCACAGAACUGCCGCAAGCGCAAGCUGGACACCAUCCUCAACCUGGAGCGGGAUGUGGAGGACCUGCAGCGUGAUAAGGCCCGGCUGCUGCGGGAGAAGGUGGAGUUCCUCCGGUCCCUGCGGCAGAUGAAGCAGAAGGUCCAGAGCCUGUACCAGGAGGUGUUUGGGCGGCUGCGGGAUGAGAACGGGCGGCCCUACUCGCCCAGCCAGUACGCGCUCCAGUACGCCGGGGACGGCAGUGUCCUCCUCAUCCCCCGCACGCUGGCCGACCAGCAGGCCCGGCGGCAGGAGAGGAAGCCCAAGGACAGGAGAAAGUGAGCCUGGGGAGCAAGGGGGGUUGAUGCUCACCAAGUUGGAAACUGGAGAAGGGCUGGGCCUGGACCUGGACCUACAGCGGGGACUCUAAUGCCUUCUUAUCCAAUAGAUCUUCUCAGAGGGGAUGACUACGGGUCAGUGGACAGGAGGCGGGCGCAGGCGCUGUCUGGCUCAGCUUCCCCACUGGGGGUGGUGGAAGUGGCCAGAAGGUUUGGGUGGACAGGGUCCUCACCUCUCCUUUCUUUUGAGGGGGGGGGGUUGUUGGCAUUGCUGGAGGCCGACAGGGGAAAGAAGGGACUUGGGAGAGGAGAGGAAAGAAGUAGAAAGUCUCAUUCCUGGAAGGAAGGAAAAAAAACCCCAAAAAAUCAAAGCGGGAAGAAAAUCAAAGGCCAGGACUCCAGGCAGCAGGUUUUAGGUGGGACGAGGUAUUGGUGAGAGUAAACCCCACUUCACCCCAGGGCAGGGGUGGUGCACGGACAGGGUAGGUCUGGGAGGGGCUUUGUCAACUUUCUGCUCCCUGUGCUUCGGCGUCCUGGGAGGGGAGCCCCGAGAGCUUCUGUACUGAUUCCAAUGUAGGGGAGCAGCUGGGACCCGACGCUAGCUUGGAGGUUUAGGGUCAAUGGAUAAGGUGGACAGGAGAGGGUCACGAGGCCCUGUGUUGCCACAGCCCCAACACCAAGCAUGUCACUCUCUACCCUGCCUCUCUGUCUCCCACUGUGCCCGGUUACCCUGAGCUGAGGCUCCUGUCUCUUACCAGCGCCUGCAUGCGACCGCUGUUCUCCGCCCUCACCCUCACCCCUGCCCGGAGGUGGUCUGCGGCUGGGGUGCUGGCAGUCCCGGGCCUGCAGCCUUCCUCUUCUGGGGGCUGCUCGAGGCAGGGGGGGAUGGGGAAGCCAGGCAGUACUCAGCACAACACUGGGGAGCGACCCUUCCCGCAGGCCUCCCCUGCCAACAACUGGGCUUGUCACUGGAAAACAAAACCACAAAACCCAGCAACAAAAAACUAGUCCUCUUAGACUUUCUUGCGCUUUGAUUUUUUAGGGCUUGAGCCCUGUUUCACUUAUAGGGUAUAGAAUGCUUGUGUUGAGUAAAAAGGAGAUACCCCAAUAUUCAAAGCUGCUAAAUGUUCUCUUUGCCAUAAAGACUCCGUGUAACUGUGUGAACACUUGGGAUUUUCUCCUCUGUCCUGAGGUCUCUGUCUACUUUCUUUUUCUGGGUUUCUUUCUAGGAGAAUGAGAGGUGCAUGUAUCGGGGAUGAGCGCACACCCUCUCCCUCCCCACAGGCGCUCACAGCCCAGCUUAGCCAGGGCUCCUGGAGGGCUGCCUGGGGAAGGCAGAGGGGAGCUCCAGGGUGGCCAGACCCUUCCAGGACCAGUGUCUUUCAUUUUGAGCUGCCACUGCUGCCUCCACCUGCCCGGCUUGAGCACGGACUGCCCCAGGCUAGCAGGAGUGAGCCUCGGGAGGACACUGAUCAUCCCUCAACACACGGGGGACCUGAGCAGUAGGGAUAGAAGGCACAAGCCUGGGAAGUGCUUUUAUAAAUUAUUUUCCUUGUAGAUUUUAUUUUUAAUUUAUCUCUGUGACCUGCCAGGGAGAGGGGAGGGAGAGCGAGCGAGAGAGAGAUGCUGUGAGCACAUGACAAAAUAAAAUACAAUGGAUGAUCCUUUCU